AAGUGCAGAAACGCCCCUUGUACAAUGGGGAUGUACACAAUGAACUAUACACAUCUAACAUGAAUGAUCCAAAAUGUAUUACACAGAUACUUAGAAAAGGUUGAUUGAGAUCCUCCGCCGUUGCUGUGACGGCAUAACAAAUUUCAAGAUGAACAACAGAGGAUUAGGAAGGAUGGUGGAGAUAGUCUGGACCUGGCACUCUGAAGUGUGAGCUGGCCGUUUCCCAUCAUCACAAGUUAGUCGCCAAAAGUCACAGCCAGAGAGUAUUAAUACACACCGUCUUAGAUCAUGCACUGCAUCCACACAUGGAAUUAUAUAUACGUUUCCUUUUCAGUUCUUGUCCAUCUUUAAAUUCAACGGUAUACUUUCGGUACGGUUGACCAAAUUUACAUGACAAAAGAUUACAAAAAGGUCGCUUGCGCAUCGAUGUUCAAGCUAAGAUAAAUCAAUGUUUUUGUCUGUGAUGCAAGCAAAACUGCGACGCAUUAGCUUGGACAGAUAAAUAUGGAUCAAAACUGUGUUCCAGAGCUGAGAGUCAUCUGACUGAUAAAAGGCCGAGUAGAGCAAAAGGCCGGCGUUACCCAAGCAUAAUUAACAUCCAUACACGCAUCUGCCUAUGCAAGCCAUUCUUCAUGCCCAGCAUGAAGCUAGCCUCCUUUCUGCUACUCAAGCUACUACUACUCUCCCUUGGCCUUAGCAUGGCACCACCCUUCCUUGCCGGCGAUGAGCACCAGUUCAGUUACUCUGGCUUUUCCAACACUAACCUCACCCUCGACGGUGCGGCCUCGAUCACACCCAAUGGGUUGCUUAUGCUUACCAAUGGCACAUCCCGGAGCAUGGGCCGCGCUUUCUAUCCUGAUCCACUGCGCUUCCGCAAUUUGUCCGAUGGGGCUGUGCAGUCCUUCUCCGCCUCAUUUGUCUUCGCCAUGGUCUCCAUCUACAAGGACUUGAGCAGCAAUGGCAUCGCCAUGUUCAUUGCGCCGAGCAAGAAUUUGUCUGCGGCGAUGCGGAUGCAGUACUUGGGUCUUCUCAGCAAUCAGAAUGAUGGCAAUCAAACAAACCACAUCUUCGCGGUCGAGCUAGACACCUUCCAGAACUGGGAGCUCCAAGACAUGAAUGACAACCAUGUUGGUAUUGACGUCAACAGUCUCCGCUCCAUACAAUCCCAUGAUGCCGGUUUCUACCAUGACAAGAAUGGGACCUUCCAGAGUUUGAGUCUCGAUAGCCAAGAGGUGAUGCAGGUGUGGGUGGACUACCAUGGAGAGAAGAUGCAGAUCGAUGCCACCAUGGCUCCUCUCGGCAUGGACAAGCCUACAAGACCGAUAGUAUCAGCCAACUACAACCUCUCAAGCGUGCUCACAGAUGUGGCAUACAUCGGCUUCUCAUCUGCAGAAGGCAAGAUAACGAAGCAUUAUGUGCUUGGUUGGAGUUUUGGCAUGAACAGUCCAGCUCCAGCUAUCAAUCUCAGCAUGCUGCCAAAACUACCCCCUGGUCCUCGUACCAAGGGUGGUCGACGUCGUCUCCAGGUAUUGGAGAUCAUUCUGCCACUAGCAACGGCGGCACUCAUCCUGUCUGUGGCUGCCGUUGUUUCCCUACUUGUGCGAAGGCAUUUGAGGUAUGCAGAAGUACGUGACGACUGGGAGGUCGAAUACGGCCCGCACCGCUUCUCGUACAAGGAUUUGUUCCGUGCAACAGAAGGAUUUGACAACAAAAACCUCCUAGGGACCGGAGGAUUUGGAAGAGUAUACAGAGGAGAGCUGUCAAGGUCCAAACUAAUGAUAGCUGUGAAGAGGGUGUCGCACCACUCCAGGCAAGGCAUGAAGGAAUUCAUUGCAGAAAUUGUCAGCAUUGGCCGCCUUCAGAAUCCAAAUCUCGUACACUUACUUGGCUAUUGUAGGCGUCGUGGUGAGCUCCUGUUAGUGUAUGAGUACAUGCCCAAAGGAAGCCUCGAUAAGUACUUGUAUGGUGAAGUGGACAACUCCACAUUAAGUUGGGACCAAAGGAUUUGGAUCAUCAGGGGCAUUGCAUCUGCACUGAUUUAUCUCCACGAGGAGUGGGAGAAAGUGGUCGUUCACCGAGACAUCAAGGCAAGCAAUGUGCUACUCGAUGAUGAGUUGAAUGCACGGUUGGGUGAUUUCGGUCUCGCAAGGUUGUAUGAUCAUGGCGUUGAGCAAGAAACUACUCGUGUUGUUGGCACCAUUGGAUACAUUGCUCCGGAGCUAGCACGCACGGGCAAGGGUACUCCCCUUACCGACGUAUUUGCCUUUGGUGUAUUUAUUCUGGAGCUCACUUGUGGACAAAGACCUAUCAUGCAGAGCACACAAGAUGAGCAGGUCAUGUUGGUUGAUUGGGCGCUUGAGCAUGUACAACAAGGGUCACUAGAUGAUGCAAUAGAUAUAAGGCUUAAAGGGCAGUACAAUGUCAGUGAGGCACAUCUGGCACUGAAGCUAGGACUACUGUGCUCACACCCAUUUGCAUGUGCAAGGCCUAGCAUGCGGCAAGUGAUCCAAUACCUAGAUGGGCAUAUUGAACCACCAGAGCUACCAGCACACCAGAGCUUCCAAGCACUAGCCUUGAUGCAAAAUGAAGGGUUCGAUUCAUACAUCAUGUCAUAUCGUUCAUCAACGAGCGUUGGCACAAUAUCGAGCAUUUCAGGAGGAAGAUAAGCACUAUGUUUGAUGGUGCUGGGAAGUGGGAGUGCUUAUUUAUCUAUGAUGUACCCUAAAGAAUACUCCCUCCGUUCCUAAAUAUAAGUCUUUGUAGAGAUUCCAUU